UUAACACACUUGGCUCGCUUAUAUUUCCUUUCUUCCUACCUGUUUCAUUCCGACAAAGCUAAGAAAAAUGAACUGCAACGACCAUCAAGAGCAGCAGCAGUAUCAUUCGUACCCGUACCUCCUUCAACAAGCCUGCGAUUCAACUAUCAGCCUCCAAUCCACCUUUGAUAGUUAUUAUCACUCAGCUUCGUUAAGCGAGCCACACUGUCGAUCUCUAAAUCAAUACCAACGAGCUCUGGAUCCAAUUCCAGAAGACGAAGCAGAUGCCGUCGAGGCUCUACUCCAGCUUAGCUCGUCUUCUACUCCCUCAACAGAUUCUGGGGUUUCCGCAUUUUCUUCUUAUUUGCCGCUCUCUUGUUCCUCUGUGACUCUCAAUACUGCCACCACGGCUGGCUCGAGCACAACCAGUCUCAGCACAACCAUUAGUGCAACUACCGCUGAAUCGUCCAACAAGUGUCCAGUAGACCCUGCGCAAAACAGCACCAGCAACAGUGGCAGCAGCAGCAACAACAACAACAGCCGCCGUCGUCAAGUUAAAUCCUGGCAAAAGAAGAAGCCACGAUGGCAGGAUCCCGAGCGGUUGACAUUGUUCCGGGCCAUUGUUCGAGAGAAACAGUUGGAUGACAUGACCACUUUCCAUUGGGACAAAAUCGCCAAGGCUGUAGGGCGUGCUGGAAAAGCGUGUAAAGAUCAAUGGCGUCGAGAAAUCCUUCCCACCUUGACGAAAAAUAUCAAAUCAUGAUACAAUACCGAAAAGAGAGA